GUCCUGCCUCCUCACAGUUACAGAGACAUCAGGGAGGCCUGUAGAAACAGUACCAUCACCAUUACACUAAUGCUAAGUAUUUAUCUCUCCAAAUAUAUGGCUAAAAGGAUGAGCAUUGUGUAGCAGCUAAUGCCCAUCACGAGACUAACAGGAGACUUACUGUUAUCUCCUGUCUACAUUCACUGAGGUUUCCUGGAGUGUGGAUCUGAUUCCCUUGUGUGAAUUGUCUAGGAGGAAAGCCAAAGCCCUGGACCUUACUCACACAUGAGAAAAACCUUGGACUUUACUAAAAACUGUGGACCAUACCAAGACAAAAACAUUGGACCUACUAAGACAAGAGCCUUGGACUUUACCAACAGAAGAGCCUUGGAUCAAGAAGAAGAGCCUUGGAUCUAGAAGAAGAUCCUUGGAUCUAGAAAAGCCUUGUUUACUAAGACAAAACUUUGGAAAGCUUUGCACAGAAGAAGACGAUGAGUUUUGACAGUGUUCCCUCCAGGUCAGAGGUGAUGGGGUGGAACGCACGUAGUCUAGCCGACUAUAUGAAGAGGCUGAGGCUGUCCAGCUGUGACAAAGUGGUGAUGAAGACUAGCAUGAACGGAGCACGCUUUCUGAAGAUGAAAGAUGGCGACCUUCAGAAGUUUCCCACCAUUCAUAUUCCAGUCAUCACUGAGAUCUGUAGUGAGAUCAACAGGAGUGAAGAGGAGAGGGGGUUCAGUCAGAGAUCAAGGGAACCUAAGAGACAUCAACAAGAUUUUGUACAAGAGGAAGAUGAAGCCUGGGAAUCAGAAACGUUUGAUAUGAGUGAUAAUGACUAUGAGAACCCUGAUGAGGACGACAGUUAUAUCUGUGCCUUGUCUGACCGCCUGCCACCUGCAGGGGGAGAGGAGGAAGAGGGGAGUGAUGGUGACUAUGAGCCUCCUCCCUCAGCUACAGAGGAGAUCCCCCGCCUCCUCAAUCUCCCUAAGCCCCUAGGGAACAGUGACUAUAUAGAUUCCGUGCGUGGAGGUCCGUCAGGAACUCUUCCUACUGGAAGGAUUCCGAGACCACCCCAGCGCCCUGGUCGUCAGGCUCUGGCCACCAGCCAUAACACACUGGCCAGACCUCCCACAUCCAGACUAGACCCCUCCCCUCAGAGGCCAUUCAAAGCUGCAGGUAAACGCCCUUCUGUCCCCAUGGUCGACCGAAGCAAGAAGCCUGGACAGCCCGCUCCCACCAAGAAACAACAUCACACAAACACCAAAACAACUCCUACAAGAGAGUGCAGUCCAUUCAGCUCUCCCCAGCCCGCCAUAGUGAAGCCACCUCAACUAAAGGGCCCAAAGCCACCAGACUAUAGACCCAGCUCCAGUAAACCUCCUUCAAUGGUCCCCAACACAAUGCCAGGCACAGAGAAGGACAUUGAUCCUGAGUGGUAUGGAGGACUGGUGACCAGAGGCCAGGCUGAAGCAUCUCUCAGAUGGGUUAACAAGGAUGGAGCGUUUCUGGUGAGGGACAGUUCCACGGGUUCUUCUGAGCAGCCCUACACCCUCAUGGUGCUGAACCAAGGCAAGGUCUACAACAUCCAGAUACGUCACCAAGGCAACACAUACCACCUGGGCACCGGCCUCAUGGGUAGCGAGAGUUUCCCAGGAGUGGAGGAGAUGAUAGAACACCACACAUACACCCCUCUGCUGCUCAUAGACAUGGAGAAUGGAACUGGAGCACAGAGCCAGUGCUGCCUGCUGCACCCUGCACCACUCUGACCAGAACCAGCAGCACACAAAACACUGUGUGUGUGUGUGUGUGUGUGUGUGUGUGUGUGUGUGUGUGUGUGUGUGUGUGUGUGUGUGUGUGUGUGUGUGUGUGUGUGUGUGUGUGUGUGUGUGUGUGUGUGUGUGUGUGUGUGUGUGUGUGCGUGCGUGCGUGCGUGCGUGCGUGCGUGUGUGUGUGUGUCGUAAGUUAAAUGUAUUGAAGUUGUACAUAUUAUACUGGUCAUUUAAAAUAUACCUGUAAUGUUUAGAUUGUGAUCAUGAAACAGAGAAAUAUGUAUGUGAAUUUCUCUUUGAUAAGAAGCUAUUUUUGUUUCUUUUGACCAUUUUAAUUGAAAACAAUCACAGUAAGGUACUUAAAUUGUUAUCCAGAAAGGAUUUGAUAUGGAGAUAAACGCUGCAUUGGAUCUUUAACACAUCGCAGGUUGACGUUUAUUGUCAUGAAUCUUGUCUUGGAGGCAGAACAGAUUAUUUUCCUCUAGAUGGGGUAGCUGCAAAGUCAAAAUUGGCUAUAUCAUAGAAUGUUAUGAUACAUUUUCUUUAUUUUUUGGUCUUAAUUUAAGGUUAGGGUUAGCAGUGUGACUACUCUGCAGAGCUGCCUCCAGGGAUUGAUUCAUGAUAAUAAAUGCCAACACAUCAUAAACUAAUCAAUGGGCCUUUCCAUUCUAUGCUGUUGCUGCUGUGUUGAUCAUGCAGUUUCCCAGGAGUGAAGAAGAUGAUAGAACACCACACACACACCCCUCUGCUGCUCAUAGACAUGGAGAAUGGAACUGGAGCACAGAGCCAGUGCUGCUUGCUGCACCACUCAGCCGCACAGGAGACACUGUGUGUGUUCUCAAUGACUUACCUGGUUAACUAAAGGGAAGAAAACAACUGUAUAAAGCAGCUGGUAGAGAGAAUAGAAGAGAGGAAAAUACAUUUUUAUUAGGAAGCCCAUUCACAAUGGAGGGUUUAUUAUAUGAUGCAUGUCGUACGUUAAAUGUAGUGAAGCUGUAGGUAUUAUACUGGUGUACAUCUGACAAGUGUUUUAUUACAAGUGUGAAUAUGAGGACUAUUUUUGGUCCCUAUCCAGUUCUAUAACCCAUUGGCUCUAUGCUUUCCACGCACUUCCACCUUUCUUCUCUAUCCUCUCCUUCUUCAGCUUCAUUUCCUCUCCUUUUCCUCCUCCCACACUCCUCACCCUGAGGUCAUGUUGGGCGAGGUCAACCCGUUCCACUCAAUUCAGAAAGGCCAUCUUGUCUGGGUGGCUGAAGUCACACGAUCAGGGCACACUGUCUCAGCUGGGACCACACUGUGAACAGAAGAAAAAAGGAACAAAAUAAACACAUUGUAAAAUAAACUUAAAGUCAGAAGAAGUGCACUAUAUAU